AUGAGUGCAUCCCCUGCGCAGGUCCCGUCAGGGCCCAGUUCCGCUACACCAACUGGCGGGCCACCCAAAACGAUCAAGAGGAAGAAGGCGCCAGUCAGCGUGUUCCACAACAAGAAGAAGCCUGUCGCGAAGGUCGCCAACCCAACCCAGCGCCAACCUGUCCCGACUAUCGCUGCACGCUCAAAAACUACUCAACAGGCUCCUCAGCAGUCUAGCAAUGGAGCMGCGAAUGACGCAAACCAGUAUCCACCCAACACCGACGAGUACGGCAGCUACGCGGAGUAUCCUAUAUUCGUCAACAAGCAUAUAAUCGAUCAAGGCAUGCGGUAUCAUGCGGCCAAGCUGCAUAGCAAAGCUGUCGACGAUCAAAGCGCGGCUGUUGAUCCAUACGAUGAGAAUCAAUUCGUGCGGCCACUGCGUCUUCACAGGCGCUAUGCGCGUGACAAGAUGGAGACUGCAGAUGCCGAGGAUCUUGCUUCGGGGAUGGACGACAAGGAGCGCGAGCAAAUGACUGCAAGGCGCGCUGAACGCCAAGCAGAGCGUGAGGAGAACCAGAAAUUGAUUGCACCAACGGGAGGCGAGACUACGAAAUCUACCAAGAAGAAGAUGUCGAAGAAGGCAGAGGAAGGCCGUGAUAACAGCGAUCCCGCGCGUCAAAAGCGAAUGCAGCUGCGCUACGAAGAGGCUCGGCCCUGGCACCUUGAAGACUUUGAAGGCAAGAACAUUUGGAUUGGCAGCUAUGAGCAGGCGCUUUCCGAGCACAGCACAUUACUCACCGUUGACGAUGGAGGAUUCAGAAUGGUCCCUGUUGAAAAAUGGUACCGGUUUAUUCAGACGAACAAAGUCAACACCAUGGACUCGGAGGAAGUGGAGAAGCACAUGAACAAGAAGUUUACGCUACCCAGGUGGGCAAUGGGCACUCAACUUGAGAACGAGGUCGUUCGGAGAGAACAACAGCAAAUGAAGGUCCAGGCAUUCAAGUCCCGCCCACGCGAUGAAGAUGAGGUGAAGCGUGAGGACGGAAAUGGUGAAUUUGAAGCCGAUCGGGACAUGCUUGAUCUGGAUCUGCAGGACGAAUUCCAGGACGAUGAUGAGGGAAUGCUCUUCCAAGGCGACGACGCUGAAGACGGAGACGAUAUCGCCAAGCGAAUUUACCUGGAAAUGAGGGAAGCCGGUCUGGGCGGUACAGGCGUCAAGAAUGAGGAUGUGGAUGUAGAGGAGGAAGAGCGGAAGAAGCAAAUCGCGGAGCGCGAGGAGAGGAAGAAGAGCAAACGCCUGCGGAAGCAGCUCAGGAAGAAGGAACACCAGUAUCAGUACGGAUCCGAUUCAGACUCGGACCCUUACGCAAGCUCGAGCGACUCUGUCGACUCCGAUGAGGAGGCGGAGAAGGCUGCAGAGGAGCGCAAGAAGGAGGAAGAGGCUCGCAAAUCCAGUCAGAUCAAUAGCGAUAAGUCUGGCGCUUCUACGAUGGGAAACAACACUCCCAGUGGCCGAUCUGAGAAACGAGACCGGUUGGGCUCCAAGCGACCUGGCGACGAUUCGGAUCUUAGUGGGAACGAGUCCAGUCGUAAGAGAGCAAAGGUUACCAACGGAAGCGCAUUGUCCAGACUGGCCUCAGGGAGUGGCCGAUCGACGUCCCCCGAUGCUGUCAAGGCCAAGCUUUCUCGUACCGCCGCAGGCGGCUCAGGCUCUGGUAGUGACACUGACACCUCUCGAGCCGGCCGUCCAAAGCUCAAGUUCAAGAACAGCGCGCCCGGCUCACCAUCCUCGGGUUCUCAGGUGGGCUCACGCGCUGCAUCACCGUCCGCGCGUAGUCCACUUUCUGCGAGCAAGUUGGACUUCCCGACACUGCAAGAGGUCAAGGAUGCAAUCCCGCCGGACGGAAUCGAGAUCAAAAAGCUGGUGGCGCACUUCAAGAGCAGACUUGCUGGUCGCAGUGGAGAGUUCAUAACAUUGGUCAAGGCUGCGGGGACUCAAGACAAGGUCACACAGAAGAUCAAGCCGAAGGCAGUGUAG